AUGUCAUUAAUGAAAGCUGCAGUUAUUAGUGGUGAAUCAGAUCCAUUAAGUGUAAUAGCAGAAAUUCCAAUUCCAAAAAUAAAUGAUGAUGAAAUAUUAAUAAAAGCUAAAGCGUUUGCAAUAAAUCCAACUGAUUGGAAACAUAUUGAUUAUAAAAUUGGUCAAAAGGGAGAUAUAUUAGGUAGUGAUGUAAGUGGAAUAGUUGAACAAGUUGGUUCAAAUAUUAAAAAUUUUAAAAAGGGAGAUUUUGUAAGUUCUUUUAUAUGUGGAAAUGUUUCAAAAACAAAUGGUGCAUUUGCUGAAUAUGUUGCUGCAUCUCCUAAUGCCACUAUAAAAUAUAAUCAUUUAACUAAUGAUUCAAAAGAGAGCAAAUCUGGUCCAAUAAAUACAUUUGAUGGAGCAGCAAGUGUAACCUUGGGAUUAGUAACUGUUGGAAUAACAUAUAGUUACUAUUUUGAUCUUGGUAAAAAUAAAAAAGAUGGAGAUUUUAUAUUAAUUUGGGGAGGUUCUACUGCAACUGGAAUAUUAGCUAUUCAAUUAGCUAAAUUAAUAUAUAAUUUAAAAAUAAUUACAACUGCAUCACCAAAAAAUCAUGAAUUUUUAAAGAACUUAGGAGCUGAUUAUACAUUCGAUUAUAAUGAUCCAGAAGUUGUUAAUAAGAUCAGAGAAACUUCUCAAAAUAAAUUACAUUUUGCUUUUGAUACAAUUGCACAACAAGAUACUUUUCAAAAAGUUUAUGAUUCAACAUCAACAACAACUGGUGAUAUACAUAUUGAUUCAUUACUUUUAUUAGAUGAUAAAUCAAUUAAAUUAGAUUCAUCAAGAAAUAAUUCAAAUAUACAUUGGGGUAAAACAUUAGCUUAUUUAGCAAUUGAUAAAUUUAAAAUAAUGGGUGAUAAAAUUGAAAGACCAGGUGAUUUAUUGGAUUAUUAUUUACCUUGGUGGAACGAUGUAUUACCUAAAUAUUUAAAAGAUUUAAAACAUGGAAACUUAAAAAUUUUAAAAAAUGGUUUAGGUAGUGUUGAUGAAGGCUUAAAAUUAUCCAAAAAAGGAGUUUCAAAUGAAAAAAUUGUUUUUAGUAUAUAA